GUGUGUGUGUGUGUGUGUACGUGAGUGUGUGUGUGAUACGUGAGUGUGUGUGUUGUGUGAGAGAGCAGGACAGACAGAUGCUUUGCCAGUAAUUUCCUCGGUGCCCCGAUGCGCUCAUUGGUGCGUCCCUCCAACGUGUCACCAGUUUUGGUGGAUUACCCCAGAUAUCUUUACCACCAGGAGAGUAAAACAACACUCAUUUCUCUAAACUCCUGUCUUCACAGUGUCCAGCUGCGAACGAGGACGUCUUACUUUAGGGAAACCUGUGACUUCCAAAGAACAACUUGAAGACUUUUACUCGUUCUUUCUUUUUACGCACGCCGAGCAGAACAAUGAAUUUAUUCACUUCACAGUCGAGGAUGACGUGGUUUAUUUCUCUCCCAGCACUUCUGUUUUUGGCACCCUUGUUGAUGAAGGGUUUCUGCUCACCGGGCUGCGCGUCCUGUGGCUUGCCGGCGAUGGAGAGAGACGCGGAAGAAAGGCUGAUGAUAGAAUUCGCCAAGAAGCAACUUUUAGACAAGCUGCACCUGAAAGAGAGGCCAAACAUCACUCAGACGGUACCCCGGGUGGCGCUCCUCACUGCCCUGCGCAAACUGCACUCCGGGCGCGUCAGACAGGAUGGCACUCUUGAGUUAGAAAACAACAUACCUACCAGAGAUCAAGCCUAUGAAAUAGUGAGCUUUGCAGAUAUAAAUGAGACAGAGAGUGGUGAUAAGGCCAGCCUCAGUCUUACCUUCCAGUUUCUUCAGGAACGUGGCCAAAGUAUCCAGGUCCUCCAGUCUUCUCUGUGGAUCUACGCUCGCUCCUCUGAGGACCCUCACCGAGACUCCCGCCUCUCUGCCCGAGUUUUCCUCUCUGCAGAGGGUGGGGAGUCAGGCUCUAACCGCACCCUAUUGAUAGAAAAGAUGCUGGAGGUCCAGGAGGGUAACUGGCACACAUUCCCCAUUACCCGUACCCUGCAGGCCUUCCUGGAUGGUGGCCAGCACCGGCUGCGACUGGAGGUCAGCUGCGAUGAGGAUGGGAAGAACUUGUGCUCCCUGGAUGGUCCUGCUGAUACCUCCAACCAGCCCUUCAUGGUAGCUCAGGUGCGUCUCCGUGACAGCCUUCACCAGCACUUAAUCAGGAAGCGUUCAUUGCGUUGUGGUGAUGAUGUUACUGUGUGCUGCAAAAGAGACUUCUACAUCAAGUUCAAAGAUAUCCAAUGGCAUGACUGGAUCAUUGCACCUGAAGGUUACCAUAUGAACUACUGCAUGGGUCAGUGCCCCCAACAUCUGUCUGGCUCCCCAGGCAUAGCAUCCUCAUUCCAUGCCACUGUCUUCAGCCAGCUGAAAGUCAAUGGCAUCAACACGGCUGCAUCUUCAUGUUGUGUUCCCACUGAGCGACAGCCACUCUCCAUGGUGUACUUCAACUCACAGCAUAGCAUUGUCAAAACGGACGUCCCAGAUAUGAUAGUGGAGUCCUGUGGGUGUACAUAAAGGAGAGACAUGGUAUAGGUAAUAUAGAUUUGUUUUAACACGGGAAACUUAAAAGAAACAGACCAACAACCCUCACAGAAAGAUACAAAGACACAUAAACAGAGGAGAGUGUUUAGAUUACAUAAAUGGUAAGCACAAAAAAACGAUUACAGGGUAAGCAAAGGAUGAGACAGCAAGACAUUUCUGGAAGGAAAAUAUACUGUACAAAUUUUACAUUACUAGAUUUUUUGUGUUAUAGAUAAAGAAAUCAUACUGUUUAUCAUUCAUUUUGUUUUGUAAGAUGCAGUAUGUAAAGAGCUAGUUAGAGAGAAAAUUGUGCCUAGAACCAGCAGAGUCAAUCUAAAUAAGAUUAUGCACUGCGUCUGAAUGCAGACACAUUUUUUCAUCCAUAUAUCAGAGGCAUAAAUUAAAGGGGGGCUAGACACUAAGCAACCUUAACAUAUGGCAUAGGCUACUUAACAUAGAUAAGAAAGGUGUGAUAUUAAUAUAAAACAUUCAUAGUGGUGACAAGCAGAUCAUGGAGGUCACACCAAACACAAAGAGAUUAUUAUGAAGCCUUCACUGUCCUGUUAAUUUUAUAGCUGCAGUUUUUUUAAUUGUCAUUAUAUAUAGGUUAUUUAUUUUGUUUCUCACAAUUGCUGCUGAGAUUCAGUUCAAAGUAAAAUGUUUUCUGGACAUUGGGAAAAGACCUGACUUUCCCAACAUACAAUAUUUUUAUUUGUUUCCAUUUUAAAGUAAGGUUUUUAACACAUCUUUGAUUAAAAUGUGCCUUCUUCAUUAAUUCAUGACUAAAUUGGACGUCGAGUCAUCUUGGUCUAAAUACCAAAAAGAAUACAUCUAGAGAAUAAACUACAUCUCAGUUUUUACUGACUAAAAGAGUCUUUUUAUGUGGACCUGUCACGCAAUGUUUAUAUGGGCUAUUAUUUGUAUUCUGAGAUAAUGACUUCUUCUUUCUUUCUAUAUCCAACAAACUCCUGUGAAGUUGUGGCAAGAAACAGUUUCUUUCUAGGUAUAUCCGAUGCUGCAUGCAGGUUGAAAUACGUUUGAUCAGCAUCUCCACUGUAUUAUUUACACAAGUAGGCUAAUCAGUUGGGCAACUAUUACUCUGACAUUGUAUAAACCCAAGGUCAUUUCUCAGCAGCGUGAGCAAACAUUUAGCUAUUGCUUCAGUAUUGGGUAAUGUGAAGGUCUGUGAGGCAUUUGGGUCAGUGAGCACGUACUGUUGCACGUUGGCAUUUAUAUCUCCCAAAGUCUAAAGUUUUCUUUGGAUGAUGUAAAAUUAGAAACGUUCCAGCUAGGGCAAUCUGAUAAUCAUUUCAGGGAAUUUUAAAUCAUCUUCCUCUUAUCUAAGUUGCAGAAUUUAUAAUUCUAACUUUGUUUUAAAUAUGUGCAGUUAUAUGCAGCAUAUGCCAGAAAUAAAGGAUUUAGUUGGGAAAGAAAAUAGUGCAACAGCUCACAAAGAUUGACAUCUGUCAGCACAUGCCUUAUGUUAUUUUACGUUGGGAAGAAUUAUAUGGUAGAAUUAUUUCUUAUUCCAACUACAAGAGUAUCACACUGCUAAUACCAAAGAAGUUUAGAUUUGAGACCCAGGCCUUGUCUACUUCUCAUGCUUUCUCAGUGCUCUCUGCAUUCUGAAUAAUGUUUCCUUACUGUGUUGGUAAACUGCAUGACUUAAGGACCUGUAUUGUCCUGACAUUAUACACUGCAAAAGUUUAUUUUUUAUUAUUUUAUCUUGUAAGCACCCUCUGUCUAAGGACUAAAUGUGACAAUGAGGUGCCAUCGUAACAUAACUUGCUAAGCACUUUAUCACCCUACUGUAUUUCUAGAGCAAAUUUUGCUUGAAAGGUCUACUGCUUAUAACUCAGGUGAGCACAACCUAGAAAAUGUAAAUAGGCCUACAGGAAGCAAACGUCAAUGUUAUUUUCUUAAGCUCUAGUUGUGUUUAAAAAUGUGUGGUAUCACAGUUUGCAGAGCGCACAGGUAAUGCAGGAAUUUCUUAAUACUGUAACUGGUGGUGGAAAUGGAGCCAGAAUUUGAAUUUGUAUCAAUUUAAAGUUGCAAUGAUUGUCUUUAUUUUUUAUAUAAUACUAUAUUUUGUCCAUAAUGAAUGAUGUCAUAACGUGAUUACAGUAUAUUUUUAAUAAAUAUUUUAAAU